UUCAGCAGUCAGUUACAAAAACAGACGAACUUAGAUCUAGAGAGAGAGAGAGAGAGAGAGAGAGAUGGAAUGCUACGAUGCCGACGACGACGUUUUGAUGGAGAUUGAGGAGGGUGAGGUCCAAACUGCUCACUUCUUCUCUCCCAAUCCAUCCUACUUUCCUCUACAAUCGGUUGAGGGAUGGACUUUAUUGGUCACUGGAGUUCAUCAAGAGGCUGAGGAACGCGAUGUUCUUGAUCUAUUUGGGGAGUUUGGGGAGGUUAAGAGUUUGCAUCUGAAUCUCAACCAUCGCACUGGAUAUCUUAUGGGGUAUGCUCUGAUUGAAUAUGACAACUUUGAGGCAGCUCAGGAUGCAAUAUCCACAAUGAAUGGGACUGAACUUUUUGAUUCUACCAUCUCUGUUGAUUGGGCUUUCUGUCGUGAUCCUUCCAAUGCCAGUUAUUUGAGAUCCCCACAUUCACACCGAUCAAGGACUACAAUCAGGAGAUUCUGAUACUGUCCUGGUUUGUUAACUCAAUGACAUGGGGUGGUUAUGCUUGGGAGAUUAGAAGCCCAAACUCUGUAAGGGAUCUCUAUCUUGUGGACAUAGACAAAAGUGUAUUUUGGAGUGGAUAAAGGCUAUUGGAGACAGCAACUCCUGAAAUUUUAGAUGCAUGAACACAAAUCAUUGUAUUUCUAUUUUAUUCAAGAAAUAAAAGAUACAUACUUACAAUCAAAUGCAAGAAGCUAAUAAGCUGUAAA